AUGGAGAAUGGGGAGGACGCCCCGCUGUGGUUCAUUACCCCCCCGGACUUGCAGCCGCAGAACAUCGCUGCUGCCAACGACCCGCCGGCGGGCGCGCCACCGCUGGGCUUUUCAUCCGCAGUGCGCUGCCAGCUGCGUCUGGUACCACUCAUCAAGCGCUACUUUUUUGCACCAGGUAGUGUCCUCUUUCAACAGCUGCUGGAUGCAGGGGCGCGGCAGCACCUGCGCUACCACUUCCACUGCACGCAACGCCUGCCACCCACAGUCUGCCUCGACCCCACGAUGCAGUGCUUUGAAUUGGAGCAGGGCGGGCGCGAGGUGCGAGUGUCGGCGGAGGCGGAGGUGGAGGGGCACAAAGAGACCGUCUCAGCACCUUUGGGGCUCUUUAGCGCACCCCGCACACUGUACAAGCUGCUAGUAGAGACCACUGAGGGGAACCUCUUGGAUGGCGCGAGUGCCUUUAACGCCGCACUGAGGACGGAGUUGGAGGGUGGGAGUAGGGAGUAG